CUCGAUGAUCGACGCAUCGCAGAUCGCAGAUCGCAGCGCUUUCGAAUGUGACGGUUACGUUGUUUUUUUCGCACUGUGUUAUGGCGUGUAAACGAUAGUUUUCAUGCAAGAGACUUUUUGUUGACGUCGUAAAAUAACGCGAAAGGAAAAACUGGGUGAUGACGAAGCACAAAACGGCGAUGUCCCGCAAUCGUUGAUCUAUCGUGAUAUGAAGCGAGUGAUGCCUGACACGGUGACGUUCACUGGCCGCUCUUUAUCUGAAAUGUAUCACUCUUAUCGCGGUAGGCGCAAGUACCGAUGUCCAAUGUGUGGAUAAAAGCCUCUGUCCGCCAAUUAAAUGCAUACUAACGAUCGCACAACGCUUAUAUACGCUACAAUACGCUAUAUAUUUCGUAAUCCGGUGUCACGGCACUAACGUCUAUUCCCUAGCUCCAGUGAGAUUCUCUCAAAGCUUUUGAUGUUUGACAGCUCCAGCCACGAAUGCGUGGACGCUAACAUCGCAUAACUUAUUAUGCACUUCGAGACCGAGACGGUUCAAAAGCAUUUGGUAUCAAGCAUGAACAAAUCUGUGGAGAAUUUAUUAAUAUCUAGUCACGAAGUAAUCAGUAGCAUUAAUUCUUCUGGUUUGGCUAACCAAAAUUCGGCGACAAAUCUAGGAAAUGCUGCAUCCGUGGAAAACGUUCAAGAGACAACUGUAGGUUCUGGCGGUGACCGUAACAGUCCUGUAUCCAGCCCUAACUUAUCCCCACGUCCCAGUCCAAGGGCUCAUUCCAGGCGAGAGUAUUCCAGAUUAAAUUCCGAUUCUUCCGCUAAAGAGUCCUCUCGUGCGAAUAAAUCCGACGAUCAGCUGUCUCAGGAUUUGAUCAAUAGAUCGUCCGACUCGGCUGAACUCAACAAGAGUUCCUCUCACGAAAAUAAAAAAGAGUCGCGUGGCAGUGACCGAAGCAAGAAAAAAUCUUCCUGGUACAAUGUACUUUACCCGACUUAUAAAUCACGUUCCGAGGACUUUAAACGAAUAUUCAAAGAUGUGCCUGAUGACGAGAGAUUGGUGGUAGAUUAUUCUUGUGCUCUUCAGCGUGAGAUAUUGGUACAUGGUAGACUUUAUGUGUCUCAAAACUAUGUGUGUUUUUAUGCUAAUAUAUUUAUGUGGGAGACAUUGGUCUCCCUACGUUGGAGAGAUGUUACAUCUAUUACCAAAGAAAAAACUGCGCUUGUCAUUCCAAAUGCUAUCCUGAUUUGUACAGUUACUGACAAGUUCUUUCUAACAUCGUUUGGAGCGAGAGAUAAAACAUAUGUAAUGUUAUUUCGUGUUUGGCAAAAUGCUCUUAUUGGCGAGCCAAUGAGUAUGGCUGAAAUGUGGCAGCUUGUACAUGCUUGCUAUGGAGAUGAAUUAGGCUUGACCUCUGAUGACGAAGAUUAUGUACCACCAUUACCUGCGGCAGACGAAGAAAAAUUAUCAACUCGUCUUUCUGUAGAUUCUUUUUCCGAGGCUGAGGCAGCUACUAUGGAAGGUUCAGCAUCUCCACUCAUGGAUCCUGUUCCUGUAGAACAGCCUGCUGUUGAACCUCAAGUUCAGCAACCAGAUCCGCCAAUACCAAUACCUAAACCAGAACUUGUGCUUGAUCCAACGGAUUUGAGUGAUACAACAGAAAGCGAGGCCGAGAAACAUGGUUUGAAAAUGAACAUACGGAGCACUAUGGUCUGCACUUCCUUGCAUGAAGGUCGACAAGUUAACAAAGCGACAUUACCUAUCCACAUCGAUCAACUAUUUACUCUGCUCUUCACAAAUUCGAAAUUUUUCUUAGAUUUUCAUACUGCUCGCAAAACCACUGAUUUAAUACAGUCUGCAUGGACGCAAAACAAUCAAACUGGUCAAAAAAUGAGAACUCUUUCAUUCACGGUAUCUUUGACUCAGGCUAUUGGUCCAAGAACUUGUCAAGUUACGGAAACACAGGUGAUGUUACCGUGCAGUAGACCGGGUCAUCUUUAUUGUAUAGAUGUAGAAAGUACUAAUGCCGGUAUACCUUAUGCCGAUUCCUUUAGCAUUUUGACGCAUUAUUGUAUGAAUAAUAUUUCGGAAAAUGAGACAGGUCUUGCGAUUUUUUCCCAAAUUAAGUAUAAAAAGAGUGUAUGGGGUAUUAUGAAAAGUGUGAUUGAAAAGAAUUGUUGGUCAGGUGUAGAUGAAUAUUUCAAUAGUUUAGUAAAAGCAUUGACAGUGGAGUGUGAAGAAGGUAGUGUAAGCGGAGGUUUAAAGAGAAAGACGAGAAAACGACGGCGUGCGACGGGUGUAGGUGCUGCAUUGCAGACACAUGCUUCCGAACACAUAUCUGUAAAUCAUCAAAUUUCUCCCUCCAAUUUGCCACACGCUCAUGCUGCUAAUACUAGAAGCGACACCAACAUAAUUCUCAGCUCAAUGCUGCUAGUCGCUGUAUUAUGUUUAAUGGUGAUCAAUGGCUUAUUGUAUUAUAAAUUAUGGGGAUUGGAAGAAGCCGCUGCAUAUACCAUUAUGGAUUUACAUGUACUGAAAAAUACACCAAAGACUGAAGAGGAUUGGAUUAACCUUUUGCAACAGCAAGAAAGUUUGCACAAUGUAGAAAUGAGGAAAUGGCAAAGGGUUUUGCACACUGCUGCACAAUUACUUAGACAAACAGAAGAAUCUUUAACAGAAUUACAAAUGAGCAUUCAUCCCUCUGCGACAGAAAAGAUGUUUUCAGUAUUAAAACCAAGCUUGAACAGCAUAAAUACACAUACAGAACGACGAAGCAAGUCAGAAAUGUAAAAAUAUAUGUGUUACACAAAAUCAUAGGAACAAAAGUCCUGUGUGUAAAAUAUUAAUUUGCGCAUUGAUAGCUAAAUCUUUGCAUACACAAAAAACGUCUACCAGCUUUGUUUAAAUAUAUGUAUUAUUCCUAUUAUUUUAAGAAUGUCCAUAGUUAUGCUAUGUGUACAGCUUCACGGAUUAAUUAUAGUUAACUAUUAUAUAUUAUGUUAAUAUUAAUAGUUAAAUAUUUAUAGUAUAGUAUAUUGAAUGUAAACUUACUUCAUAUAAUUUAAACAUUGUGAAAUGUUAUGGAAAAUAAUAGAUGAUUUUUAGAACAA